UCCGCGACGUCUGCUCUAACUUUACCAGCCGCUAGGAGGAGUUGGAAUCUCGUCCGCCACAGCAUUUCAACCACCUCUUCCCCCCCUCUUUCCUAGGUCAUAUGGAGCCUCGCUCUUGAGUCUUCUUUCAUUCUUGUUAAGAACACCGACUUACCUAGAGAGGCAGCCAUCAGAACCUGAGCUGAGACCGGGAAUGCAGUCGAAGCUGCGCUGUUGAAAGUCAUGGACCAAGACACGAGACCUCUAGCCUCGCUCUCCCUUACCCACGUUUACUAUGACCCCGAUGACCCCCUCUCGUUCCUGUGCGCCUGGCUCGCCCUGCUCCCGCAGGCCCUAUGCAUAGUCUACGCGACCCUGAUCUGGUCCACCCGCGAGGUCGAGAUCGCCCUCAUGUUCGCCGGCCAGCUGGGCUGUGAGGCCAUUAACUUCGCACUCAAGCGCCUCAUCAAAGAGGAGCGACCCCGCCGCAUCCACGGCAAGGGCUACGGCAUGCCCAGCUCCCACGCCCAGUUCGUCGCCUACUGGUCCAUCUUCCUCGCCCUGUUCCUGCUGGUCAGGCACCGGCCCUCGUCUGCGCGGCGGCACCACCGCCCGUACUCGCUCGUCGAGCGCGUUGUUGUCAGCGCCGCCGCGCUCGCCAUCGCCGCCGCGGUGGCCUGGAGCCGGAUAUACCUCGACUACCACACCGUCAAGCAGGUGCUGGUCGGGUGCCUGGCCGGGUCCGUGUGCGCCGUCGGCUGGUUCGCGGUCACGGCCAUCGCGAGGGACCUAGGCCUCUUGGCUUGGGGCUUGCAGACCCCCAUUGCGCGGCUUUUCAGAUUCCGGGAUCUCGUGGUGGAGGAAGACCCCUGCCAAGCUGGCUGGGACAAGUGGGAAGAGAGGCGCGUGGAGGCAGACCAACAGAAGGGCAAAUAAAGCCCGGCAUAUUAUCUUCAAUCAGUUUCAUCGCGUAGGACCCAACGAACCUUGCCUGCCUGUUGCUGCUGCUGCCAGCCCCUUCUCACACCAAGGGCUUGCUAUUCCUUACACGCAAGUGUUGAUGUCACAGCUAUAAAAGGGGGAAGAACCGGCAGUUUGUUUGAGCACUUUUGGUUCAUUGAGCUACCGUGCCUUCAGUAGUAUAGAUGCCCUCUCUAGUGGCUUUUACCUCCGCUCUCCGGUCCAUCUCAUAACUAAUCAUAACCAUCGUGUCCACCCAUCCAUCCAUUCAUUUUUAGAGUCCCAGUACUCUAGAGUUAGUUACUUUUCCUAGGCCCCCACGCUCUCCAACGAAAGCCUUGCCUGUCCACACAUCGUACACAGUGCGUCGUCGC